AUGAGAUACCCGACAUGUUUGUCCUUCGCAGGACUGACAGUACAAGCUCGAAGGCCUGACUCUUCUCCCGAGUACAGCCUGAGCCCGCCACGUAUCCCACCUAUUGAGAGCAGUGACGCCGAGUUCACUAAAUACACCUACACGUCCGAGUUCACAGUUCAUAGCUCCUGGACGUACACCUGGGCAGAUGUUAAGCUUACGGGCUUACAGGAACAGGCUCACCGUAUGGCCAAGGUAGACGUUGAAGUACGACAUGUGUAG